CACCGCCUUCGGGCACGACUCACUGCGCAUGCCCGGGCGCGGCGGGGGAGCAGAGGCGGAGCAGGCAGGGCGCAGGCGCCGCCGGCCCGGCUGCGGGGAGACCUAUCCGGUCACGGUGAGCGUGCAGGGCGAGGAGGUGGCCUCAGACAGGAUGCAGCGUGCUGUGGUGCUGGAGGAGCCACGGGCCCAAACUGCAGAUGUGCCUCUGGAGGAGGCAGCACAGAGGCACAGCCCAAGGCCUCGGGACCAGCCCCCUCAUGGCCCCAGAGUGAAGCCCCUUCCAGAUCCAGAGUCAGGUGCAAGAACCAUGAAGAAAGCUCAUCAGCAGCCACCUGAAGAAGGGCCUGCAAACCUGGAGCUGCUGAGGACUUCCCCAGGGAGGCUGGGGGAGAGGGGCUCCCUGAGUCCUGAACGAAGCCAACUGCAGCAGGGGCAGGGGAAGCUGACAAAGCAGGCGGAGACCACAAAGCUCCAGGAGGCCUUUGAGGACGUGGCUGUGUAUUUCACACGGGAGGAGUGGGAGCUGCUGGAAGACGCACAGAAGGGGCUUUACCGGGACCAGAUGCUGAAGAACUGGAGAGCCCUCGUUUCCCUGGGAUAUCGUGGUCCCACCCCUGACUUAAUCGGCCGCAUUGCACGAGGACAGGAGGAGCUCUGGGUCUGUGAUGAUGAGGACUGUGGAGACAUCUCAAGGACAGAGGACCUGCUGCUAGGAGGCACCUGGUUGCUAAGCAGAGCUCAGGAGCAAAGUCCUGAAAAAGACCCUGCAAACCUGGAGCUACCCUGGACUUACCCAGGGAGUUUGGUCAAGAUGGAGUCCUUGAGACCUGAGGAAGACCAAUGGCUCAAGAGCCAGGGGAGGCUCCAAAAGCAGGAGGAGAAUAUAGUAGUGAAGCAGGGCCUAUCUUCUCUUGGGCGUGAGAGUGGAGAAAGGACCGAAGCCAAAGAGAGCCCCAGGCGCAUGGAAGGAUUUGUGGAGCUGAAGAGCCAUGAGGCCAAGUUCCACUGGAAAAAGGCCGUAUGUCCGAAUCAAGCCAGUGGGGAGGGCCUGAGAGGGAAGCAGGAGGCCAAGCCCAGGACUACAGCCCACCCCUACCCUCAGUACCAGAAAAGCUUUAGUUGCCCCUCACUCCGGGCCCUGCCACAUUGGUGCCCUGAGGGUGGGGAGGACUUCACCCACUCCUCCAGCCUGGCCAUGAACCAGUGCAUCCACAAAGUGAAGAAACUAGAGUGCAGGAAGAGCUUCACCCAGUCCUACUGUCUGGCCACGCACCAACAUAUGCACACAGGGGAGAAGCCACAUCAGUGCCCUAAAUGCGGGAAGAGCUUCACUCUUUUGUCCAGCUUGACCCGGCACCAGUAUAUCCACACAGGGGAGAAGCCACAUCAGUGCUCUGUGUGUGGGAAGAGCUUCACCCGUUCCUCCCACCUGGCCCAGCACCAACGCAUACACGCAGGGGAGAAGCCACAUCAGUGCUCUGUGUGUGGGAAGAGCUUCAUCCGGUCCUCCCACUUGGCCCAGCAUCAACGCAUACAUGCAGGGGAGAAGCCACAUCAGUGCCCUGUGUGUGGGAAGAGCUUCACCCAGUCCUCCCACCUGGCCCGACACCAACGGAUCCACACAGGGGAGAAGCCACAUCAGUGCUCUGUGUGUGGGAAGAGCUUCACCUGUUCCUCCCACCUGGCCCAGCACCAGCGCAUCCACACAGGGGAAAAGCCACAUCACUGCUCUGUGUGUGGGAAGAGCUUCAUCCAGUCUUCCCAACUGGCCCGGCAUCAACGUGUCCACACAGGGGAAAAGCCACAUCAGUGCUCUGUGUGUGGGAAGAGCUUCACCUGUUCCUCCCACCUGGCCCCACACCAACGCAUUCACACGGGGGAGAAACCACAUCAGUGCUCUGUGUGUGGGAAGAGCUUCACCUGUUCCUCCCAACUGGCCCAGCACCAGCGUAUCCACACAGGGGAGAAGCCACAUAAGUGCUCUGUGUGUGGGAAGACCUUCACCCGUUCCUUCAAUCUGGCCAUCCACCAGCGUAUCCACACAGGGGAGAAGCCACAUCAGUGCUCCGUGUGUGAGAAGAGCUUCACCCAUUCCUCCACUUUGGCACGACACAAGCAUGUCCACACAGAGGAAAAGCCACAUCUGUGUUCUGUGUGUGGGAGGAGCUUCACUUAUUCCUUCAAUCUGGCACAACACCAGUGCAUCUAUAUGGGGGAAAAGCCAUAUUAGUGCUCUGAGUGUGGGAAGAGCUUCCCCCCUUUCUUUGUUUUGGUGCGACACCAGUGCAUGCAUACAGGGAAGAAUCUACAUCAGUGCUCUGUGUGUGGGAAGAGCUUUACCAGUUCCUCCUACCUGGCCCAGCACCAGCAUAUCCACACAUGGGAGAAGUGCUAUGUGUGGAAAGAACUUCUCCCAGGCCUUCAGCCUGGCCACACACCAGAGUAUGCACACAGGGAAGCAGCCAAAUCAGUGGCCUAAGUGUGGGAAGACCAUUACUAUUUCAUCCCACCUGGCCUAGCACCACCACAUCCACACAGGAGAGAAGCUACAUCAGAGCUCUGUGUAGGAGGAGCUUCACCCAGACCUCCCACCUGGUGCAGUACCAACCUAUCAACACAGCAAAGAAGCCAUAUCAGUGCUCUCAAUGUGGGAGGAGGCUCACCGACUCCUUCAGCCUGGCCAGACACCAGCGUGAGCACACAAAUAGGAAGCCACAUCAGAACUCUGUGUGUGGAAAGAGUUUCACUCAUUCCUCCAAUCUGGCACAACACCAGCAGAUGCAUACAGGGAAGAAGCCAGAUCAGUGCUCAGUGUGGGAAGAGGUUUACCAAUUCCUCCCACCUGGCUCAACAUUCACCCAGUCCUCCAGCCUGGUCAGUCACCAGCACAUCCACACAGGGGACUAGCCACACCAGUGCUCAGAGUGUGGGAAGAGAUUCAGCCAAUUUUCCAUCUGGCCUGACACCCAUGCAUCCACAAAGGAGAAAAGACAUGAGUCCUCUGUGUGUGAGGAUAGCUUCCACAGCUUCUCCUCCCUGGCCAAAUACCAGUGCAUCAGCACCUGGGAGCAACCGUAAUUCUGCCAGCAGCGCAAGGAGGGCUUGUAGAUGCUUACCUACUCAGCAUCUGCAAGUGGCUGCAUUCAAGCAAGCAGCCUCCUGCUGCUGGAGUGCAGAAAUAUUUCAUGCAGACUAUGGGCCUUGUAAGGCACCACAGAACCCAAAGUACCCAGUAGCAGGUCGUCAAGGGCAGGGGGAAGGAGGUGCAGCCUGUGGCAGGUCCUGCUUCUACUGUGGAAGGGUGGAAGGAGUAUGAGGCCAUUGUCUGGGUGAAAUGCAGCAUGUCGUCUAGGGAAUGUUCCCUGAUCACUAAUAUCCCAAUAUACCAUGUCUUGUGUGGAGGAA